UUCUCUCUUUAGUUUUUUUUUGCUAAUUGCCAAUAUGCUUCUCUCCAAAAAUAUUUUCUCCCUUAACACAAGGGAAUUAUCACCAACUAAAUUAUUUUCUAAAAAACAUUUUUCUUCUAGGUUUGAAUAUAGUAACAAUAUUUCAUCAUUUGAGAAUCAUAAAAUAGCUAGAACAAAAUUGUUUUGCAUGAAAUCUGAAAAUGUAGGACACUAUCAACUUGAAAUCAUGCAUGGUAAUGAUAAUGGCAUAGGGAUUGUUGAUUUUUUCGAAGGGAAAAAUAUUCUUGUCACUGGUGCUACAGGGUUCCUAGCAAAAGCUUUGAUUGAAAAAAUGUUGAGAACAACACCAAAGGUAAACAAGAUCUAUUUGCUCAUCAGGGCAAAGGAUAAGGAAGCUGCAUUUCACAGAUUAAAAGCUGAAAUUAUGGAGUCAGAAUUAUUCAAAUGCCUAGAAGAAAUGCAUGGUGAAUCCUACAAGUCAUUCAUAGAAAAUAAAUUGAUCCCUAUAGUUGGAAAUAUAUAUGAGCCAAAUCUUGGUAUGGAUAUUAUUACUAGUGACAAAAUUGCUCAAGAAAUUGAUUUGAUU